GGAAAGGGGAAGAGUAUCUAUAAAUGAAAUGAAAGAAGUGGAUGCUUUUUGAUGGGAAGGCAUAGACAAAGAGGGAGGGGGAGACCCACUUCCACUUUCUAUGGUUUUUAAUUCACUCCCAAAUUCCUAUAUAACCAAACCCUAAUUGGAACCCUUUCUCUCUCAACAAAUCUAAUUCUAAUUAAAACCAAACACAGUCUCAUGGCCAUUCCCAAUUACUCCCCCAAUCCCACCUCGUUUUACGCUCUCACACUUCCUCCCUUCACUCCAUCAGAUCCCUGGCCUUUUCCCCAUCUCUGAAUUCAACUUCAAAUUCCCCUCCAAAUCCCUCUCUCUCCUUUUAAUUCUCAUAUAUCCUUUCAAAUCACACGUACAUAUAUACUUUAUAUAUUUUAUCGAGUCGUCGUAGAAAUGGGCGGCGGAGAGAGACGACGGCAGUCCAGCGCCACCGUGCCGAAAGGGUGUUUGGCGGUGAAAGUGGGGCAGAAAGGGGAAGAGCAACAGAGAUUUGUGGUGCCGGUGAUGUAUUUCAAUCACCCGCGGUUCAUGCAAUUACUGAAGGAGGCAGAGGAAGAAUACGGAUUUGAUCAGAAGGGGACCAUCGCUAUUCCUUGCCAUGUGGAAGAGUUUCGGCACGUGCAAGGCAUGAUUGACCGUGAAAAUUCAUUCCACCGCCGUCAUAACCACCACCACCACCAACAACAACACCACCACCACCACCUCGGUUGCUUUCGGGUUUCCUUCUAAUCAUCAACCUACACGAUUAAUAAUAAAAUUAUGUAUAUUUCUCUCUUUAUUUUAGGUCUUUUUUGGGAAUAUAUUGCACUCUGUAAUCCUAACAAAACUUCAAUCUCUCUCUCUCUCUCUAUAUAUAUAUAUAUAAUCAUAUUUCAAUUUUUAGUUCA